GCAAUCGACCACUACACCCAAUUUAACCAAAAUAGAAAUUGAAACAAAUGUGAAGGACUUUUUGACUUCUAACAAAAAUAGAAUUAAUCUGACUCCCAUGGAAAUUAUACAGGCAGCUCCAACUAUAGAAAUUAUCAACACUAUUAGCAAUAUCGAAUUAGAACCUCAAGACAAUCCCAUAAGUACAAUCACACAGAUCAAAUUUUAG